ACAUAAGAUACUAAAUGCGUAAUAUAAUAACAACGAAGUGAGCAUGCGUCCGUUGCGGGCUGCAUGAUUUCUAACCCUUGAUUUCUCUCUUAAAUUUGCAGUUUUUGUACAAUGUUUUUAUUAAACUGUCGUGUAACUGAAAUGAAUGUGAAAGUGUGUUUGAGUUCAGCACGUUAGCUUUCGGUUAGCUAACACAGUUAAGCCUUGUCACCCUUGUGCAACCAGGCCAGUUUAGUUGGUAUGACAGUGUGCCAGUUGUAAGGGUUAGCUGGUGCAAAAUUAGCUGGACACUUGAAUGCAUCAUCGCCUAAAAUGCCAUGAUCUUGUUGCACAUUAUAGGAGCUUGUUGUAUAAAUAAUGAUUAACCGGCGGAGCUGACGAGGAGUCCGGGGGAAGCUAGAGGCAGAGGGGCAGGAAGUUGCAGAGCAUUGCAAACACGUGUCUUGUUUUGGGUCACUUUGGAACAAGUCACGGACCUGACCGGGCGUGCAGACCUUGCUGGGAGAAAUGGCUAAUUCUCAUUUGUACAUGGUUAGUCUCGAUUUGAAGUUAAUCUAAAUACAUUGAUUCCGUGUUGUAAUUUAGUGUUUCAUUUUCGCUGUUUUCGGCGUCUUCUUCAGGAGCAAAUACGGCAAGAUGGAUCCUGGACAGGAUUUACUUCUCGCUGCCCUGAGUGAGAGCGGCAUUUGCCCAAAUGAUAUGGGCCUAUUUGAUGUUGAAUCUCAGGAUGUUGCACAGCCCUCUACAACCCAGCAAUCUAUCUCCAUCAGUGCCCUGGAUGUUGGUGUGGGGACGGAGUCAGUGGAAGUGGUUCGGACUGAGCCUCCAGCUCCAGUCCCUAUAGUUACCAUCAGGCACAAACCUCAGCCAUCAACCACCACAUUUGUCUUAAAUCAGCUGAAUCAGUUACCAUCACUAGGAGCUACUGUGACCAAACAAUCAGUUACAAACCCUAUCAAACAUACGAUAACUGUCACCAAAGUGGUCCAUGUGGCUAAUUCAGCCCUGCGAGGAUCGACCCCGUCGUCCACCAGUAUUCCUCCUUCAGUGUCCACAGUAGUGCCUUCUCACAGAGAUCAGCAGAUUCAGUUGAAAGACCUUCUUCGGACCGGCAAUGUGAAGAGCACCGGUCUAAAGGGCAACAGUCUGAUGGAGCUCAUGAAGCUAAAGCCUCCACCAAACAUCGCUCCACCUGUAGCAACUGCAACAGCAACAGGUGAAAUGAUCAACGGGAUCAAGAAGGAAGUAUUGGGUAAAGAUGCUGCCAGGAUCUGGAUUAAUGACGACAUUAAAAUGCAAGCCUUCUCACAUUCUCUGAAAAUCCCAGGGAUGAGGGAGGAGGACGAGCCUGAGGAGGAAGAGGAGGACGAGUUGGGUCACGCAGAGACUUAUGCAGAGUACAUGCCAAUGAAAUUAAAGAUCGGCCUGCGGCAUCCUGAUCCUGUGGUGGAGACGAGUUCUCUGUCCAGCGUCAACCCUCCAGAUGUUUGGUAUAGACUCUCCAUCCCAGAGGAAACCAUUGAUCGAGGCUGCCUGUCUGCUUUGCAGCUGGAGGCAAUAACAUACGCAGCUCAGCAACAUGAGACAUUCCUCCCCAGCGCUGAUCGAGCUGCCUAUUUGAUUGGAGACGGAGCUGGAGUGGGGAAAGGCCGGACCAUCGCAGGGAUCAUCUAUGAGAAUUACCUUUUAGGCAGGAAGAGAUCACUUUGGUUUAGUGUCUCAAACGACUUAAAGUAUGAUGCUGAACGGGAUUUAAGAGACAUAGGAGCCAAAAACAUCCAGGUUCACUCGCUGAACAAGUUCAAAUAUGGGAAAAUCUCAUCGAAACACAAUGGGAGUGUGAAGAAAGGUGUGAUAUUCGCCACCUACUCUUCCUUAAUAGGAGAGAGCCAAUCAGGAGGGAAGUACAAGACCAGAUUUCAACAGCUUCUCCACUGGUGUGGGGAGGACUUUGACGGAGUUAUUGUGUAUGACGAGUGUCACAAAGCCAAAAACGUGUGUCCGAUUGGAUCAUCAAAACCUACAAAAACUGGACUUGCAGUGUUGGAACUGCAGAAUAAACUUCCCAAAGCUCGGGUUGUUUAUGCCAGUGCCACAGGCGCCUCUGAACCGCGAAAUAUGGCUUAUAUGAACCGUUUGGGCAUCUGGGGGCAUAAAACACCAUUCAGAGAAUUUGGCAACUUCAUACAAGCUGUUGAGCGCAGAGGCGUCGGGGCCAUGGAGAUAGUUGCUAUGGACAUGAAACUGAGGGGGAUGUACAUCGCUAGGCAGUUGAGUUUUACAGGUGUAACUUUUAAGAUUGAGGAGGUUCCCCUGAAUCAGCAAUACAUCAAAAUGUACAACAAAUCUGUGAGGCUGUGGGUGACGGCACGUGAGAGGUUCCAGCAGGCGGCAAACCUGAUGGACGCAGAGCAACGCAUGAAGAAGUCCAUGUGGGGACAGUUCUGGUCCGCUCAUCAGAGGUUCUUUAAAUAUCUCUGCAUCGCCUCCAAAGUCCGCAGAGUGGUACAGCUCGCUCGAGAGGAGGUCCAAAAUGGAAAGUGUGUGGUGAUCGGCCUUCAGUCCACUGGAGAAGCAAGAACACUGGAGGCCUUGGAGGAAGGGGGAGGAGAGCUCAAUGACUUUGUGUCAACUGCAAAAGGUGUGCUGCAGUCCCUGAUUGAGAAGCACUUUCCAGCUCCAGACAGACAGAAGCUUUACAGCCUGCUGGGUAUCGACCUCUCGGCCAAGAAGACCCCCUCGCCCAGUGAAACCGCAGUACAGCAGGAACAGAAGGGCAAGAAAAGGAAAGGUUCAGAGGUCAAAAAGCAGGCGAAAAAGAAACCUCGUAAGCACGGCGGUCUCUCUGGGACCAGCUCUGAAGAGAGCCAGUCUGACGAGUCGGACAGAGAGUCGGGUAAAGAAAGCGACGACAGCUUCAAAUCUGUCAGCUCAGGGGACGAAGACGACGAUUUCAACCCGUUCAGAGAUGAGUCUGAUGAUGACGGUGAAGAUGAUCCAUGGCUCAUCAGAAAGGAACCAAAGAAGGGGAAAGAGAGGAAGAAGAAAAAGAGAAGAAGGAGUAUUGAUCCAGACUCCAUUCAAAGUGCCUUGUUAGCCUCCGGGCUCGGCUCCACCAGGCCAGCGUUCACUGCUCCUGUGAUCCCCCCGACACCACCUGCCACAGUUAAGGCAGAGAGUCAGGACAGCUGCCUAACAAGUCAGGACGCAGUGGAACACGCCCAGGUGAUGAAGAAAGAGCUGCUGGAGAAGCUGGAGGACUUAGCUGAGGAUCUGCCUCCCAACACUCUGGACGAGCUCAUAGAUGAACUGGGAGGACCAGACAACGUAGCUGAGAUGACCGGCCGCAAAGGUCGCGUGGUCAGCAACGAUGAUGGCAGCAUCACGUAUGAGUCUCGCUCUGAGCUGGACGUCCCAGUGGAAAUCCUCAACCUCACAGAGAAGCAGAGGUUCAUGGAUGGAGAGAAGAACAUCGCCAUCAUCUCAGAAGCUGCCAGCUCGGGAAUAUCCCUGCAGGCCGACCGCCGAGUGAAGAACCAGCGGCGGAGAGUCCACAUGACGCUAGAGCUGCCGUGGAGCGCAGACAGAGCCAUACAGCAGUUCGGGAGAACUCACAGGUCAAACCAGGUCACGGCUCCAGAAUAUGUCUUCCUCAUAUCAGAGCUUGCAGGAGAGCAGAGAUUUGCAUCCAUUGUCGCCAAAAGACUAGAAAGCUUGGGUGCUCUCACUCACGGAGACAGAAGAGCGACAGAAACGAGAGAUCUCAGCCGGUUUAAUUUUGACAACAAGUACGGCAGAAAUGCUCUGGAAAUUGUGAUGAAGUCCAUCGUGAAGCUUGAUUCUCCAUUAGUGUCUCCACCCUCCGACUUUAAAGGAGAUUUCUUCAAAGAAAUUCAGAGUGGAUUAAUAGGUGUCGGCCUCAUUAAUGUGGAGGACAGAUCUGGUGCAAUGUCACUGGACAAAGACUACAACAACAUGGGGAAGUUCCUGAACCGGAUCUUGGGCAUGGAGGUCCAGCAGCAGAACGCCUUGUUCCAGUACUUCUCUGACACACUGGCAGCAGUUAUUCAGGAGGCCAAGAAAAACGGCAGAUAUGACAUGGGCAUUCUGGAUCUGGGCUCAGGUGAUGAGAAGGUGAAGAAGAUGGACUGCAGGAAGUUCCUAACGCCGGGCUACACCACAUCAGGACAUGUGGAACUCUUCACUGUCAGUGUGGAGAGGGGGAUGUGCUGGGAGGAAGCCACACAUGCUUGGGCGGAUCAGAAUGGGCCAGAUGAUGGUUUCUAUGUUCAGAUGAGAAACAACAAGAAAACAGCCAUACUGGUGAAAGAAGUGAACCCAAAGAAGAGACUCUUCCUGGUUUACAGGCCGAACACGGGCCGGCAGCUCAAACUGGAGACGUACGCAGACAUCAAGAAGAAGUUUAAAAAGGUUUUAUCAGAAGAUGCCAAGCAGCACUGGACUGACCAGUACAAGCUGUCAGCAAAGAUCUGCUCUCAUGCUUAUUGGCGGGGUAACUGUAAGAAAGCCUCCGUGGGUCUUCAGUGUGAAGUCGGUCUGCGGUGUCGGACGUACUACGUUCUGUGCGGCUCGGUUCUCAGCGUGUGGAACGAGCUGGAGGAAGUUCUCACGCCGGUCAGCGGAACCAACGUCAAGGUUCAGAUCGUCAGGCUGAGAACGGAGGACGGACAGAGGAUAGUUGGUCUGAUCAUUCCAGCGAACUGUGUGUCUGCAUUAAGUAACAAGCUCUCCACCUCCGACCAGUGCCAGCAGCUCGCUGUGCAGGAGCUCCAGAAACGGCAGCAGCUCCACCCACAAAGUCUCAGUCAUGCACCCAACACAUAGUCGGGUGUGGAGCACGUUUAAAAGCCCAUCUCGAGUCCACGUCCCGACCUAAAGGGACCCGACUCACCAGUCUCUAUCUCUGCACUGCAGGCUCCGGGGGCCGCUCUCCCUCGUUCUGCACUCUCACGCCCCCCCUCCCAUCGUCUCUGAGGGUCCGAGGUGUCACAUGAAGCUGUGAUGAUCCACAGAUGUAAAGCGGUGGUGGUUGUACAGAGAAAAGAUUUCAGGGUUUUUUCUUUUCUUUUUUAAAAAAUCUCCAGAGACUCUUGUUUUCACCUAGAGAGAUUUUGACGGGUGAUGUUUUUGUCCUCUGACAUUCAGAGUGAAAAGAUUUGUGAUAUAUUGUUCAAGACAGAGUUGAAACCUCGAAGUGAUGUUGAGCUAUCGACUACUAUGCCCAUGCUUUAAGCUGUUAAGUCUGGACUGCCUGGUAUGAAGCAAAGACUUGUUCUUGGCUCAGACCAAAGGUGGAUGAGACAAAAGACCACUAUGUCUGGGCGUUUUAUGCACCACAACCACAAUUAACCACCCAUAUUAAUAUAUGAUGAAACCUCUUGGUUCUUCAUUCCUCAGACACGAUUCUGCGCUGAUACAGAGAGAAAAUUUGAAGAAGUAAUGCAGAAAAUGACUCCAGUUAACAUAUCUGUGCUGAUAAUUUUCUGGUUCUCUGUUGCGUCGUAUUCAAUUACAAAAAAAAAGCAAAAUGUAAUUGUCAGAAUCCACCUGCAUAAUACUCCGUUUUUUUUGCACAUGGCUCUCAAAAUUGAUCAAAUAAACCUUGGUUUGUUUUAUGCAGAGCUGACACAAUUAGUAGGCUAAUUAUUUAGUCAAAUGACAGAAAAAAUAAUCGGCAAAUAUUUGACAAUAUAUUGACAAUCGCUAAAUAGUUUCAGUUAUUUUCACGCAAAUACUGAAAGAAUUCCAGCGUUUUCUGAUUCCAAGUCUCCCAAACGAGAUGAUUUCCUUUAAACACGUCUUUUUGUAUCAGUAAAAACGGAGUCAGGCACCUUUUACAAAGCACUAAUAAGUCAGAUUUUGACUUGUGAAAGAUUUUGUGUCAGCUGGUCUGGUGAUUUAUAUUUAUAGUGCACGAAAGUAAGAAAAUGUUCCCCAAAGACAAUAUUGGAACAGCAAAAAAAUGUUUUGGGAAUGAGUCAUGGUUGUGUUAUCAAGAAACCAGGAUUUUUUUUUUUUUUUUUUCAUGGCAUGAAAAUGUGGUUACACAAUAUUCCAAGUCUCCCUAGUUGGCAUAGAUAAGCAAUAUUCAGACUCUUUUAUAUGGUUCAUAUAGGCUUAUAAUGUUGUCAUAAGCAGAUAUAAGGAUGUUUUUCACAAUUAUAACUUCUUUUGAAGACGUGUUUUAUAUUAUUAGAACUGUUGUUACUUUAUUGUCAUCUAUUGUCUGUUUAUACAGCAAACCUCCAGGUGUGGGCGCCCACAGGAGGAGUUAUAGUUGCUCUGAAAUACCUAAAAUCUGCUUACAGCUACUUUAUAAUGCAUUACAAACUAUUUGUUUAUAUACUGCUUAUACUUGUUAAAUAGGGGGAAUCACGGCUCUUUUGUCCCAUGUUAAAGGAACACUCCACCGUUUUUUCAUAUUAAAACAUGUUAUUCAGUCAAGUAAGACGAGUUGAUACAGACCUCUUGCGUCUCAAUGCGUGCACUCAAUCGCCCUGGCGCGCGGCGCCACUUGGCUAGCACUUAGCUUAGCCCAGUUCAUUCAUUAGGAUCCAAACAGAUGGACAGUUAGAAGCGACCAAACUCCUCCACGUUUUCCCUAUUUAAAUACAGCUACACGAGUAGUUAAACGACCAAGUAUGGCGACACAAAAUAAAACGUGGCGCUUUUCUAAGCGGAUAAAAAGGAGAACUAUAAUGUAUGGCGGAAUAGCACUUGGGAGCACUUCGACUCGGCGCAGUAAUAUCAUCACUCCUGAAAAAUCUUCUCCCCUCCUUAUUUUGUGUCGCCAUACUUGGUCCUUUAACUACUCGUAUAGCUGUAUUUAAAUAGGGAAAACGUGGAGGAGUUUGGUCGCUUCUAACUGUCCAUCUGUUUGGAUCCUAAUGAAUGAACUGGGCUAAGCUAAGUGCUAGCCAAGUGGCGCCGCGCGCCAGGGCGAUUGAGACGCGAGAGGUCUGUAUCAACUCGUCUUACUUGACUGAAUAACAUGUUUUAAUAUGAAAAAACGGUGGAGUGUUCCUUUAAAUAGGAGGAAUCGCGGCUCUUUUGUCCCAUGUUUAAAUUAGUUUUUGCUCCUUUUUUUCGCCAUGAAAAUGCUUUUAUUUUGUUUCAAGUUGAAACCACCUUUGGUCUCUGCCUCGACUUUUGUCUCAGUGUAAAUAUGUGGCCUGUGACACCUGGCCGGGCUAAUUCUAAUCCUCGGGAACAGGAAACAUGUUGCAUAUACAAUAAAGCAGCCAAGGAAGUGUUGGAAAUGUUAAAUCCUCAACAACGACCAUCACUUUUCUUCCAUUUUCAAACAGGUUUCAGAGCCGCACUGUGCUCAUGUUUUUUAUUUUGUUGCCUUUUUUUUUUAACCGAAAUUCUGCUCAGGGGUUCCACUCGUACAAAGACCCUCUUUGGAAAAACAAAGAUAAGAGUUUUACAAAGUAUCUGAAAUGCAUGACCAUAACUCCUAACGCUUCUCCACUCAGUAACUCUGGUUUAAGCUGGAUUCACAGCUCGUAUCUUCACAGUACAUGUUUUUAAAAAAAACCAAAAAAAACCCCACACAUUUAAGUUCUCUGCUGUCUUGAGCCGAGUUGUGAUUAAAAAGGACAAUUGCUUCUGUUGAAUAGUGUUCCUCCUCAGUCUUGUAAAGCAUUAUGUUGGAGCUGCACUGGAAGGGACAGACUAAAGUCUGGAUAUGUUGCUGUCCUCAGUAUAAAGAUCGUAUAAAACAUCGUUAACCUGUG